AUGUAAAUUAAGAGAAGUUCAAUUGAAUAAGGAGGUUUGGAUUAAUUAUUAGAAGGCAAUAUGUCUCCAAUUGCUAGUUAAUUAGAUUUAGAUUAAGAUACACAAUCAUUUAUGAGUAAAGAUGAUCAAAAAAAUAACUUCAAACCUUUUUAAAAUGAAAGAAACUCUAUUGGUAAAUUAAUUCAAAGAGCAAAAAGUAAUGACACUACUUCCAAAUUUCAUUUUCUAAAAAGCUAAUAAGUUGUUUUGCAUGCUAAAGGCAAAGAGACUAUUACACAAGCUAAUCAUGCUUUCAAAUGGAGUACCACUCACUUAUUAGGACUUAAAAAAAGAGAUAUAACUCCAAUUGAUUAAGCAGUCUCUCUUAGAUAGAGAUUAAGAAAUUUUAAAAUCAAUCUAUAAGCUGAUUAAGGUUUCAUUAAACAAUUUAGAGAAUACAAAAAGUAGUAUGUUCCAAAGACAUAAUUAAGCAGAGCCUUCUUAACACCUAGAAGAGAACAUUUCUAUAGAGAUGUAUGAGUAUUUAAAUCAAUUUAGACUGCUACUCCAGGACCUGGAGUCUAUUCAGAUUAAUUAUUAAUUACUGAACCUGGUUAAUCAAUUGAGUUUAAUAAAAGUCCAUAAAUGACAAAAUCACCAUCUCCAAUAUGUUAGAGAGACUUUUAUGAUUUCCAAUUUUAGAAAAGGAAUGAUAAUACACCUGAUUUCUAGAGAACCAUUAGUAGAGAUAAAGCAUAUCAAAGAAGUAUUUUUGCUUAGAUUGAAAUUCAGAAAAAGGAGAACAUGGUAUUUGAAAUAGGUUUAUAGUGAAGAAACUUCAAAAAGAGGAACCUUAUGAUGAAUAAAAAAUUGACAGAGAGAUUGAGUACUUAUUAUAUCAAUAAUAAAAAUAUGGAAAAUUAAGUAUAAUAAUUAUAUUAAUAGAUUAGAUUAUUAGAGAAUAAUUGAUAGCAAUAAUGAGAUUAAGAAGUUAGUAUAGCCUGAUGCUCUUGAUAAUAAUUGGAGUAAAAUGCUGUAAAUCUAUAUAUUAUUUAAUAUAUAGAGAGCGUUAUGGAUUUAAGAAAUUAAAGGGAGGUAAAAUCAAAAAAUAAAGAGUAUAAACAGCAGCAAAUGGGUGA